UGGAUUUGUCCUUUGUGGCUACUGAUGGAGCUGAGAUCUUGGGAUGUUAAACUUUGGAGGGUUUGCUAAAGACGUUGCCUCUUUUGGAUUUUUGUUGGGGAACCUUGAUUUCCCAAUCUUUAAUUCUUCUGCUUCCUCUUUUGGAGAGAAGUUCCUCCUUCUCUCCUUCUGCCACUUCCUUCCCCCAGUAACUGCACUGUACUUCUCUGAAGAGGAACGUUAAGAGGAUCCGGCCUUCACCAUGAAUAAGAAGGAAUCCCGCGUCAAGAAGAAAAAAUCCAAGGUGAAGGAAGAACUGGAGGAGCUGAAGAAAGAAGUGCACCUUGAUGAUCACAAAUUGUCUCUUGAGGAACUCAGCCGUAAGUACCAGGUGGAUCUCUCCAAAGGAUUGACCAGGGCGCAGGCCGCCCAGAAUUUGGAAAAAUACGGCCCAAAUGCGCUCACUCCCCCACGAACCACGCCGAAGUGGAUCAAAUUUUGCAAGCAACUUUUCGGCGGAUUCUCCAUCCUGCUCUGGAUCGGCGCCAUUCUUUGCUUCCUGGCCUACUGGGUGCAAACCAUGAUGGGUAAAAAAGCACAUAAGGACAACCUGUAUCUGGGUGCCGUGCUAGCCGGCGUGGUUAUCGUGACUGGAUGUUUCUCCUACUUUCAGGAAGCCAAAAGCUCCAAAAUCAUGGAAUCCUUCAAGAACAUGGUUCCCCAGCAAGCGCUGGUGAUCCGGGAGGGUGAAAAACUGCUGAUCAACGCUGAGAUGGUAGUCUUGGGAGAUCUGGUGGAGGUCAAAGGGGGCGAUCGCAUUCCCGCGGAUUUAAGGAUCAUCUCUGCCAUGGGUUGCAAAGUUGACAACUCCUCUCUGACCGGGGAGUCAGAGCCACAAAGCCGUGCAGCUGAGUGUACCAACGACAACCCGCUGGAAACCCGGAACAUUGGUUUCUUCUCCACGAAUUGUGUUGAAGGCACAGCUCGGGGCAUCGUCAUCUUGACAGGGGACCACACCGUGAUGGGUCGCAUUGCCUCAUUGGCUUCCGGCUUGACUGAGCGCCGUACACCAAUUGCCAAUGAAAUAGCACAUUUUAUCCACAUCAUCACCGGAGUCGCCGUCUUCCUAGGAGUGACGUUCUUCAUCCUGGCCAUGAUUCUUGGCUACGAAUGGCUGGAGGCUGUGAUUUUCCUGAUCGGCAUCAUUGUGGCGAACGUACCUGAAGGUCUGCUAGCCACCGUCACUGUCUGCUUGACCCUUACUGCCCACCGGAUGGCGUACAAGAACUGCCUGGUGAAAAACCUAGAAGCCGUGGAGACCCUGGGGUCCACCUCAACAAUCUGCUCGGAUAAGACGGGAACGCUCACCCAGAACCGCAUGACUGUCGCCCACAUGUGGUUUGACGGUGAGACCUACGAAGCCAACACCACCGAGAUUCACGCCGGGACCAUCUUUAACACGCGCUCGCCCACGUGGCUAGCACUGGCCCACAUUGCAGGUCUGUGCAACAGAGCAGACUUCAAAGCAGACCAGGAGAACAUUCCCAUUGCUAAGAAGGGGACGACUGGAGACGCCUCCGAGUCGGCCCUCCUUAAAUGUAUUGAGCUGUCCUGGGGGUCUGUCAGAGAUAUGCGGGAGAGGAAUCCCAAAGUCGCUGAGAUCCCCUUCAAUUCCACCAACAAAUACCAGCUCUCCAUCCACGAAGCUGCCGACAAGUCCAAAGGUCACCUCCUGGUGAUGAAGGGAGCUCCGGAGCGGAUCUUGGAAUGUUGCUCCACCAUCCUGUUGCAAGGAAAAGAGGUGACUCUGGAGAAGAAGAUGCAGGAAGAUUUUCUGAACACCUACAAUUAUUUGGGGGGGUUAGGCGAGAGAGUCCUUGGCUUCUGCCACUUGUACCUCCCCGACAAACAGUUUCCACGCGGCUUUAAGUUCGACGUGGAGAAACCUAACUUUCCCACCACCAAGCUCUGCUUCGUGGGGCUCAUCUCCAUGAUUGACCCACCUCGUGCGGCUGUGCCAGAUGCCGUCGGUAAGUGCCGCAGUGCUGGGAUUAAAGUGAUCAUGGUAACGGGUGACCACCCGAUCACAGCCAAAGCUAUCGCCAAGGGGGUAGGGAUCAUUUCUGAAGGCAGCGAGACGGUUGAGGACAUUGCAGAUCGCCUGAAGAUCCCGGUCAGCCAAGUCGAUCCCCGGGAAGCCGAGGCGUGUGUCGUUCAUGGUUCCGAACUUAAGGAUAUGACUUCCCAGCAGCUGGACAAAAUCCUCUCGAGUCAUUCGGAGAUUGUCUUUGCUCGCACGUCUCCGCAGCAGAAGCUGAUCAUCGUGGAAGGGUGUCAGAGGCAGGGGGCCAUCGUAGCUGUGACCGGAGAUGGGGUGAACGACUCCCCAGCCCUCAAGAAAGCUGACAUUGGCAUUGCCAUGGGCAUCACAGGCUCCGAUGUUUCCAAGCAAGCUGCUGACAUGAUCCUCCUCGACGACAACUUCGCCUCCAUCGUGACCGGCGUGGAGGAAGGCCGCCUGAUCUUCGACAACCUGAAAAAGUCCAUCGCGUACACCUUGACCAGCAACAUCCCAGAGAUCUCACCUUUCCUUGUGUACAUCGUCUUCAACAUCCCCUUACCCCUGGGCACCAUCACCAUCUUGUGUAUUGACCUGGGCACCGACAUGGUGCCCGCCAUCUCCCUGGCCUACGAGAAAGCCGAGAGCGACAUUAUGAAGAGGAAGCCGCGGAACGCCAAGACGGACAAGCUGGUGAACGAGCGCCUGAUCAGCAUGGCGUACGGACAGAUCGGCAUGAUGCAAGUUCUGGCCGGCUUCUUCACCUACUUCGUGAUCAUGGCCGAGAACGGGUUCCUCCCGUAUACCUUGCUGGGGAUCCGCCUGCAAUGGGACGACCACAACUUGAAUGACUUGGAGGACAGCUACGGCCAGGAGUGGACGUACAAGCAGCGCAAAGUGGUGGAGUACACCUGUCACACGGCCUUCUUCAUCAGUAUCGUGAUUGUGCAGUGGGCCGACCUCAUCAUCUGCAAGACCAGGAAGCUGUCCUUCUUCCAGCAAGGCAUGAGGAACAAGAUCAUGGUCUUCGGCCUGCUUGAAGAGACCGCCUUGGCGGCGUUCCUCUCCUACUGCCCGGGACUGGAAGUGGCUCUACGUAUGUAUCCGCUUCGAGUGACGUGGUGGCUGUGCGCGCUCCCGUUCUCGGUGUUCAUCUUUGUCUACGACGAAAUCCGCAAGCUGCUUCUGCGCCAUCACCCAGGGGGCUGGGUUGAACGGGAAACUUACUACUGAGCUGGCCACCCCAAUUACGCGUCUCUCCUGGGAUCAAAUCUUCCUGAGCAGUUUUUUGCAGAUUACUCUGGCUUGGGUGCCAGUUGCCCCAAAUAUUGGUUUAAAAUCGAAGGGUGAUCUCUACAUCUUGAAACGAAUGGGCAGCCAAUAAUAAAA